AUGGCCUCGAAAAUCGUGGUCAUUGGCGGCGUCAACGGCCAGUUUCCAGAGGUCUUCAAGAAGGUUGCUGGACUGCACGCUAAAAACAAUUUCGCAUUUGCUAUCGUGGCCGGCGAUCUCUUCGCUGAUCCGCAGGUUGCCACAGCCGAAGAUCAGAAGAACGAGGCCGACCUCGUUGCCGGGAAAAUCGAUAUCCCGCUGCCCAUCUACUUCGCUCUUGGCUCCAAGUCUCUCCCCGAAAAGGUGACCCACAAGCUCGACGGCUCGAGCGGUGAGCUAUGCUCGAAUCUCUACUUCCUGGGCAAGCGUAGCACCCUAAAGACCGCCGAAGGAAUCCGCAUCGUCGCCCUCGGGGGCUCCUUGGAUCCCAACAUCGCCGCAGGCGUCUCCAAGGACAAGUACCCGCCCUACUAUGGAGAAGACGACGCUCGCGCCCUGAAGGGCGCCAACACCGCCGAUAUACUCGUCACAGGCGAAUGGCCCGCCGAUGUCCAGACCGGCUCAAAGGUCGAAUUGAACGUCGAUCCUGCAGGCAAGCCGUCUCAGCAGCAGUGCGUAGCGGACCUUUGCACUACCCUCAAGCCGCGCUACCACUUUUCCACAACGCCGACCGCCUUCUACGAGCGCGAACCAUUCUUCCAUGUGCCCACCGAAGAUGCGGGCGACGGCUACCGUAUCACUCGCUUCAUUAGCCUCGGAUCGUACGGCAACUCCAACAAGGCCAAGUGGAUCUAUGCCUUCUCCAUCGACCCCAAAGCCGCUCCUCCCGUGAGCAUUCCUCCCGGUACGACGGCGUCGCCUCUCUCCUUCGUGGGCAAGAAGAGGCCGCAGCCCAGCCAGGAAUCCAACUAUCGCUUUUCCACGGACGAGGGCCGUCGCAAGCGCGGGAACAAGCGCCAGCGCCCAGCACCCCCGUCGCAAAGCGAGUGCUUCUUCUGCCUGUCGAACCCAACCAUCGCCACUCACUUGAUCACAUCUAUCGGCAAUGAAGUGUAUCUCACCAUACCAAAAGGUCCGCUGACUACUACAACUACGUACGCCCCGGACCUGAAGAUACCUUGCCACGUCCUCAUCAUUCCUCUGGCGCAUUCGCCGACUAUCGCUGCCAUCGAUGACGAACAAAGCCGCAAAAGCACGUUCGACGAGAUGGAGCGCUACCGCAAGGCAUUGCAGAAAAUGGUCGCAGAUACCAGCAACUCCAAACUCGGUGCCGUCACGUGGGAGGUCAGCAGGCUGGGUGGAGUGCACACGCACUGGCAAUUUCUCCCCGUGCCGGUCGACCUGAUCGAGCGUGGAUUGGUGGAGGCGGCAUUCAAGGUUCAGGCGCAGAACGAGAGCUACCCUAAGCUCGAAAAGAAGGAUGUAGGUGACGGAUUCGAGGAGGGCAACGACUUCUUCCGUCUUAAGAUUUGGCGCCCCGCGACGGAGGGGUCGGAAGGCACGGAGACGAGUCUGAUACUACCGCUCGAUGCGUCGUUCCGUUUCGACCUGCAGUUCGGCCGACGGGUGUUGGCCAAGCUGUUGGGAUUGGAUAGCAGAGUGGACUGGCGCGAGUGCGCACAGACGCACGAGGAUGAAGUGGGCGACGCUGAAGCAUUCAAAGCCGCCUUUAAGGAGUACGACUUUUCGAUUGAGGAGUAG